AUGAAGGCCCAUCUGUCGCUACCGUCGUCGAGGCAGACGAGCGCCAAGACCCGUGCGCUCAUCUACUUUAUCCCCGGGAACCCAGGCGUCGUCGAAUUUUACACUGAUUUCCUGCGGUCUCUGCGCGCACUGCUCGACAAGACGGAGAGCGACACGGCUCAUGACAUUUACGGGCGCAAUCUGCUUGGCUUUCACGAUGGCGACCACGAGCCCUUUGGCCCGAAAAAUCUGCCCUUUGAUCUAGACGCGCAAGUCGAGGGCAUGUGGGCGGAUAUUGCCUCACAGCGCUACGGCGACGGCGACGGCAAGGAGAAGCCGUACGACUUUGUCAUUCUCAUUGGUCACUCCAUCGGCGCUUACAUUGCCGUCGAGACAUUUCACCGUCAAACGACAAACCCCAAAGCCAAUCUCAACCUGCAACACGGCUUCCUACUCUUCCCUACAAUCAGCUACAUUGCGCGCUCCCCCAGCGGCAUCAAAAUCACCGCCCUGCAGCAAAGCGCGUACCUCCCCGGCGUCGAAGAGAACCUGCAUCGCAUCGCCAAAGCUCUUGUAUACUUUUUGCCCCAGUCUACGCUCCAGUGGGUGUGGGCCAGGUAUCUCGGCUUCAGCGCGGCAGCAGCCGCAACGCUCGCCGAGUGGCUCAAGAGCCGCGAUGGCCUGUGGCAGGCCAUUCACCUCGGCCGUUCAGAGCUCAAACUCGUCGGCAAGGACAAGUGGGACGAUACUUUUUGGGAUGCCGUGACCGCGGCUGGCAGCAGCGGUGGCGUGGCGCCAAAGUUUUUCUUUUUUUACGGAAAGCAUGAUCAUUGGGUCGAUGACAGCCUCCGCGACGAGUUUAUCGCGCGCCACAAAGAGCGUGGGGACUCGCCGGGACGUCCAUCGCUCGAGGUCGAUACCGGUGACAUUUCUCAUGCAUUUUGCAUAUACGAAGCGCCGCUAAACGACGACGACCACGUCAAGCUACGAUUUACUGGCUGCCACAAUGCCGCAUUCUACUCCUUAUCCCCUGCCUCUCUUCGUGCUGUAGCACCCUUUCCCAAACUGAUCAAGGAAAUUGGCGAUGCAGCCUAUUUCCUUGGCACCUCCUUUUUCCCGGGAAACCAUUCAAAAGCAUCCAGAUAUCUUAGAAGAGUGGAAAGAAAAAAUCCUAUCCCUCCAAGCAUCCGCCGGUCUGUCUUUGAGCGCGAUCUCAGCACGUGCCUUGUAAACGGCACCCGGACACCUCAGCCCGCGCGAAUCGUGCCUCUGUUGGUCAGCAGCUUAUCCACAAAGAGAUUUAAAUUCUUGUUCAAAUUUGGAAAGCUUUUUUUCGCCAAAAAUUUCCAAUCGUUGCUUCAGAGACGCAUAGAGACCCUGCGCGACUCUGGAGAACAAACGUACAAUAUCCUCUCCUUGAGCCCCGACAUGCUCCAGCUGUUCGACAAGGCCCUGGUCGGCUUCAAGCCCCUCUACGUCGGGGCCACGCGGUCUGGACACUCGGUGACAUAUUAUGCCACGUUUUCAUUCCACAUCCUCGGGCGAAACCACGUCAAUAGCCAUCAGAGAGCCAUGCCAUCUGGUGCCACCCUUUAUCGGAUGCAAUUGCCGUGCGAGGAGUGGAAGCUGACCGAGGGUGAGAUCAACGCCCUCGAUGCAUGCAUUCUUGAUGACGGCAAAGUCAUUCGAGUUCCAUGUGAAGGAAGGAGCGAGGCCGAGUCCAUGCUCGCGCUCUUGGCUUUUCGCUGGACAAUUUCCUCGUAUUGGUUUCUUGCGGGCUCCCCGGGCAGUCAACGUAACCGAAAAAUGGGUUCACAUGAGCGUUGUGACCAAUAUGAGGAUUGGAGCCAAUACGAUAAUCAGAACCAAGACGACGAUCCAGAGCAAAAUGACGCUCUUGUCCAAGAGAACGGCACGUUGGCGAUGACCUCGGUCACAAACGCUAUAGAAGAGUUGGCAGGAGAGCUUGAGCAGGCCGGUACUGAAAGUGGAAGCUAA